AUGUUUGGAUCGGAAUAUGGGUCAUAUGGAGCUGUGUCUGAUGAUGCCAUUUAUGUAAAGACUUGUGAUGGGGGAGACACCCCUCUCGAUGGUGGUCUCGAUGGCGGUCUCGAGGGUGGUCUCGAUGGUGGUCUCGAUGGCGGUUGUUAG